CGGACUUUUUAAGGGCUUUUUUCCUAGUUAGCGAUGUGCAUUUCUAACUUUUGAUGCGCAUCUGUAUAUUUCAGUGGUGUGGAGAGACAGAUGAAACCUCGCGUUUGAAUGCGCAAAGCUUUUUCUGAUGCAUUUCGAGAAGUUUUCAAAGUUGGAACUAUUUUAUGCUGGUAUUGUAGCUCAUCUUUAAGUUUUUCUUUUCACCCCUUGUCCUACCUGUAUUUUUUUGCGCGCGGGAUUUAAUUGGCUGUGGACAAGACGCGGAUACAUAUUUGUUUUUCAAAUAGCCUAUGCAUUAGUUUAUUUUGUUGUUUUUGCAUAUUUUUUUUCUUUUGCUAUUGGGCUGCUCUCAGCCUCAGAGGAUUUCUGAUGCGGUGGGUGAAGUAUUGGGGGACAGUGGCUGUGCUGUGCGGGCUGCUGUGCUGUGCUGUGAAUGGAUGCCCGCAUAAGUGCAGUUGUUCGGGCUCACAUGUGGAUUGUCAGGGUCAAGGCUUCAAGACGGUGCCCAGGGGAAUCCCGAGGAAUGCCGAGAGACUGGAUCUGGACCGGAAUAACAUUACCCGGAUCACCAAAGUGGACUUCUCUGGCCUCAAGAACCUGCGCGUGUUACAUCUGGAGAACAAUCAAAUAAGUGUGAUCGAAAGAGGAGCAUUUCAGGAUCUCAAACAGCUUGAGAGAAUCCGCCUGAACCGGAACCGGCUGCAGGUCCUGCCGGAGCUGCUGUUCCAAUCCACACCCAAGCUGGGCCGACUGGACCUGAGCGAGAAUCAGAUUCAGGCUGUUCCUCGUAAGGCUUUCCGAGGGAUCACCGCCGUCAAGAACCUGCAACUGGACAGCAACCACAUCAGCUGCAUCGAAGAUGGAGCCUUCCGAGCCCUGCGCGAUUUGGAGAUACUCACUCUCAACAACAACAACAUCACCCUCAUCCCGCUGUCAAGCUUCAACCACAUGCCCAAACUGCGGACACUUCGCCUGCACUCCAACAACCUGCACUGCGACUGCCACCUGUCCUGGCUCUCCGAUUGGCUGCGGCAGAGGAGAGGGCUGGCCCCUUUCACACAGUGCAUGGCCCCCGCCCAUAUGAGAGGUCUCAAUGUUCCUGAUGUUCAAAAGAGAGAAUUUGUUUGCACAGGUCCUGCUCAGAUGGAGCCAAGGUCAUGCGCUCCCCAGGCGUCCAUCUGCCCUGCCGCCUGCACCUGCAACAACAACAUUGUAGACUGCCGUAAAAAAGGCCUGACGGAGAUUCCUGCCAAUCUGCCUGAGGGAAUUGUAGAAAUUCGUCUGGAGCAGAACAUGAUCAAGAGCAUCCCAGCAGGAGCGUUUUCCACGUACAAGAAACUGAAGAGAAUAGACCUGAGCAAGAAUCAGAUAUCCGAGAUUGCAGAAGAUGCGUUUAGUGGCCUGCGCUCGAGACUGCUGAAUGCCAACAAGAUCAACUGUCUUCGAGUGAACACUUUCAAAGACCUGCAGAACCUCAACCUGCUGUCCCUCUACGACAACAAGCUUCAGACCAUCAGCAAAGGCCUGUUCACCCCUCUGCGCUCCAUCAAAACACUACAUCUCGCUCAGAAUCCCUUCAUGUGUGACUGUCAUCUGAAGUGGCUGGCCGACUACCUGUUUGACAAUCCAAUUGAGACCAGCGGAGCUCGAUGCAGCCACCCGCGCCGCCUCGCCAACAAACGCAUCAGCCAGGUUAAGGGCAAGAAGUUUCGCUGCACAGGUGCGGAGGACUACCGCAGUCGUCUCAGCGGCGAGUGUUUUCAGGACCUGGUUUGUCCCGAGCGCUGUCGGUGUGAGGGAACGGUGGUGGACUGCUCCAACCUCAAACUCACCAAAACACCCCCUCACCUGCCGGAGCACACCACCGACCUACGGCUGAACGACAAUGAAAUCUCCAUCCUAGAGGCUACAGGGGCCUUCAAGAAGCUGCCAAACCUGCGCAAGAUAAACUUAAGUAAUAAUAAACUGCGGGACAUCCGUGAGGGGUCGUUUGAUGGGGCCGGAGGUGUUUUGGAGCUGCUGUUGACCGGAAACAAGCUGCAGUCGGUCAGCGGACGGAUGUUCAAGGGUUUGAGCGGCCUCAAAACGCUGAUGCUGAGGAGCAAUCAGAUCAGCUGUGUGGAUAACGCCACCUUCACCGGCCUGAGCUCCGUUCGCCUGCUUUCCCUCUACGACAACCGGAUCUCCACUAUCGCCCCGGGAGCUUUCAACACCCUGCAUUCCCUCUCCACCAUUAACCUGCUGUCUAAUCCCUACGUGUGUGACUGUCACUUAGCCUGGCUGGGACUGUGGCUUAAGAAGACCAGGGUGGUUAGUGGCAACCCACGCUGCCAGAAACCUGCCUUCCUGAAGGAGAUCCCCAUACAAGAUGUAGCCAUGCCUGAUUUCUCCUGCGACGGUGCGGAAGAGAAUGUCUGUCUGCCGUCGGCCCCUCGAUGCCCCGAUUCCUGCACAUGCUCGGACGCGGUGGUGCGCUGUAGUAACCGCGGGCUGCGUUCGCUGCCUAAGGGUAUCCCUAAAGAUACAACUGAACUAUAUUUGGAAGGAAACCUCCUCACCUCCGUGCCCAAAGAGCUUGCUAAUCUGAAACAACUGACACUGCUAGACCUCAGUAAUAACAGCAUCAGUCUUCUUGCCCCUCUCACCUUCAACAACAUGACGCAGCUCGCCACCCUUAUCCUGAGCUAUAAUCAGAUUCGCUGUGUCCCGGUUCAUGCAUUUGAUGGCUUGCGUUCUCUCCGCCUGCUAACCCUCCACGGAAAUGACCUUUCAACUAUUCCGGAGGGAGCCUUCAGCCACUUGACAUCUCUGUCUCAUCUGGCUCUAGGUGCGAACCCCCUGUACUGUGACUGCGGGCUGCGCUGGUUGUCUCAGUGGGUGAAGGCUGGGUUUAAAGAGCCUGGCAUCGCCCGCUGCGCUGGACCACCAGACAUGGCCGACCGCCUGCUGCUUACCACCCCUCUCAGUCAAUUCCAGUGCAAGGGUCCAGCAGAUUUGAAUCUGAUGUCCAAGUGCACCCCCUGUCUGGCGACUCCCUGUCAGAACAACGGCACAUGUGUGAGUGAUGUCACGGGCUCCUACCACUGCACCUGCCCUUUUGGCUACAAGGGUCGUAACUGUGAGAUCCCCAUUAACGCUUGCAUCAGCCUGCCGUGUGUUAAUGGAGGCACAUGCCACCUCACACCUGGACUGGAUGGGUACUACAGCUGUGUGUGUCCGCCUGGGUAUGAGGGCCAGCAGUGUGAGCUGAAUCCUGAUGACUGUGAAGACAACGACUGUGAGAAUAACUCCACCUGUGUGGACGGCAUCAACAACUACACCUGCAUCUGCCCUCUGAACUACAGAGGUGAUCUGUGUGAGGAGGUGAUUGACCCCUGUCUGCCCGGGUUUGACCUCUGCCAACACGACUCUAAGUGUGUUCCCCUCAGUAAGGGCUACAGGUGUGAAUGUUUGCCGGGUUAUGUUGGCCAGCACUGUGAGCAGGAUUACAACGACUGUCUGGAGAACAAAUGCCAGCAUGGAGCAGAGUGUAAUGACGCUAUCAACGGAUACACGUGUGUGUGCAAGGAGGGGUUCAGUGGGCUGUUCUGUGAGACUCCUCCACCAAUGAUAUUACUCCAGAAGACGAGUCCAUGUGAUCAGUCUUACUGUCAGAAUGGAGCGCAGUGUCUGGUCGUGGAGGGAGAGCCCGUGUGCCGGUGUCCACCUGGCUCCAAGUGUCAUAAGAUGGUCACAGUGCACUUCCUCGGCAAAGAUACCUAUCUGGAGCUCUCGGGCGCCAAGAUCCGACCACCCAUGCACAUAUCCCUCCAGGUAGCCACAGAUAAGGACAAUGGCAUUCUGUUGUAUAAAGAGGACCAUGACCCACUCGCCCUAGAGCUGUACCAGGGACACAUACGUUUGAUCUAUGAUGUUGCCAAGUACCCCCCAACCACAGUGUACAGUGUGGAGUCAGUGAAUGAUGGUCUUUUCCACACGGUGGAGGUCCUGAUCCAGAAUCAGACGCUGAGUUUGGUGGUGGAUAAAGGGGCACCGAAAAGCCUGGGCAAACUCCCCCGUCCUCCGGCUGUGGACCACAACACACAACUCUACAUAGGCGGUGUGCCCUCUCUGAUUGACACAGCAGGCCUGCGACCGGGUCCAGACCGUCCAUUACAGUCCUUUAACGGCUGCAUUCAUGACAUACGGCUCAACGGGGAACUCCAGGACCUCGGCGGUGGGCUGGCAGGGGUGGAGGGCAUCUUGCCGGGCUGUCACUCCUGCGGCGUCUGUGCUCUCGGGGCCUGCAGACAGAGAGGAGAGGCAGGCGUGACCUGUGAGUGUCCCAGCGGCCACAGCGGCCCGCUGUGUGAAGAGACCAGCUCCCAGAGCCCCUGUCAGAGCAGCAGCCACGCAGAGCCGACGUGCCAAGGAGAGAUGGUCCGUGAGCUGCUCAAGCGUAAUAUGGGUCAUAAAAACUGCACCUCCACCAGUAAAAUGGCUCGGUGUCCAAGCGCCUGCCGCUCGGGCCUGUGCUGCGCCCCCACCAAGAGCCGGAGACGGAAGGUCAGCUUCAGGUGCUCCGACGGAUCCUCCUUUUCCGAGGAGAUGGAGACCACCGUGGAGUGCGGCUGCACAAAGUGCCCAUUGUAAUAUUAGCCAACCUUCCCCCCUCGUCCCAAACCUGAAGAAGAAGACGGAGAGGAAAAGAAAAUAUAUUGUAAAAUAAACAAAACACAAAUAGAACUUAUUUUUAUUAAGGGAUGUUUUUUUAAAGAAAGAGACUGCUUUUAUGAUGUUGCUUAUAUGAAACGUAAUUUUGUAUCGUCGGACAAAAUCACACAGAUUAACAUUCCUGAAAAUAUACGAAUGAUAUAAAUAUGUAUAAAUCUAUAUAAAUGUACAACCUAACCUGAGAAUUAAUUCGGUCUGCGUAUUGCAUGUCUGUUGUGAAGUGUGAGAGCGGAGAGAAAUUGUAAUGGAGGAGCUGAAAUGUGCCCAAUCAGGCGAGGACUCUCUAGACUCUCUAACACAGGAAGCGGUGAGCCAACUUCCUGUGCUCUGGUGGCGGCAACAAAUGAACUGCUUCCUAACGGACCUCAGAGAGCUCACCUGCGGAUUUCAAGGACGGAGCUUCGAGUGGGAUGGGCUGGUAUUUUGUACUUUAGGUGUUGCUUUGCAAAGCUCAUCGGCGUGGCUCUGGUUUACAAGCUGCAACUCAUCGGAGGGAAUUUUUUGCAUGACUGCAUGGAAGAGUUAAAUGUGAACGGUCAGGCAGUAAAGCUAUUGUAGUAACUAUGAUAGUUAAACGCUCUCUACCUGUUUUACCUUGUAAAGUUGAAAUCCAAAUGCAAUCGUCGCAGGUGAUGCAGGUGACCCUCUGGUGCAAAGCACUUCAUACUGACGUAGAAUUCCGUCAUAACCGUCUUUUACUAAAAUAUUAAAUGCAAAUAUAUUACACCCAUUACUACUGUAUUGUUUCAUGUGUACCCUUUUUUGUUUUUAAUUUUUCAGAUGUAACACUCAGUGUCUUACUCGGAGAGCCCGAGGUCUAUAGAUAUUCCCAAGGAAAAGCUAAUCAGUGUUAAUGAACAUUCCUCCUCGUUCUGUCUCGCCCCUGUUCACCACAUACUGUUGUAUAAGGUAGGAAUCCCCAGUGAACGAUGUAACUGAGCUUGUGCAGGAAGUGUCAUGUUAGCACCUCGAAUCAGAAGACUGGUUGUUAUACGGUGCAUUUUCUAAUAAUGUUUUGUUAAAUAUGAAUUAGAGAGUGAUGAUUAACUUGCA